UCUAUAGUGCUCAGCAGCAUUUCAGCAGUCCGCUGAGCUGAUUCCGAAUCCGAUUUUUACGAGGAAGCACUCGGGUAUUAGCCAACCCCUUGGAAUUCAUGUUCUGAGAUGUAACAGGGAGAGAAAUAUCUGUAUCAUUGGAUUUUAGAACUGAAAUUGCUGCAGUAAGCUCGAAAGGAAGAUUUUGACCUUUGACCCCAUGGGAUCCACAGAUAAACCAUCGAUCGUGAACCAACUUCAAGGGGAGAUGGAUGAGCUUCAUCAUAUACAGUACAGCACAGACUUCAGCACUGAUGUCAACAGAAAAAUGCAGAUACCAUCAAGGCUUAGCAUGGAACCAGAGGAGCCAUUUGUGGCAGAUCCACCAUCACCAACACAAAACUUUGGUUUGAAUACAGAGAGCUUUGAAGGGAGUCCAGCACAUGCCAUGAAUGUACCAGAAAGAAUCCUCAUUGCAGGAUCUGAUCAGCAUGUUGGAGCAAGGCAAGCACCUCGUAAUCUUGAUUUAGAUGACAUGACUCCUUUCCAACCAGGCAAUAAUGUUGGUUUGACAACUCCACCACGAACUCUGACGCUGGAUGAAAUUUCCUUUCCCACCGUAGGAGAUAAGUCAGCCAUGAAAAAGAAGACAGCAGCUCAAGCAGUCAGGCAAUCAUCAGAUGCCAAUUCGUCAGUUCUCCCAGCUGACGGCACAGCCCUGGUGGAGGAAACUCCAGGUGGUGACUGGGAUCGGCUCCAAAAGAAGAUCUACCUGCUAUCAAGCAGGGUCUCUGCGCUGGAGGAGGCAGGGAGGCGGCAGGAGAAACGGGAGCAGAUAGUCAUAGGAAUUGGAAUUGUGUACCUCCUCUUCAAGGGUUUACGCUUCCUGUUCAGGUCACCGUACCCCUGAGGCAUUAUCCGGGCAAAAGCAAUAGAACUGAAUAGUAAAUAUGAAAAGAGACUAUUUCCAUUGGAUCAAUGCACUUGAAGGUGACUAUUAUUACCUGUCUGUUGAAGCAAAAAAAAACGUUCUUUGAAUCUAAAAAACAUUUUUUUUUUUAUUUAUUACGGAAAUGAUGGAUAUCCAACAUUUAUGAUAAGGAUAUUAUGUACUAAUACAAAGGUAUAUUGAAUAUAGCCAUGUUUAGUUACGUUGGUAACUUUAGAAUAACUAAACCAUGUGUCUGAAAUUUUUUGCAGCUGCUCCAUGCGAAAGUUUGUAAAGAGUUACUUUCAGCAUGUUUUAAAGGAAUCUCAAGUAACCGGUACCCUGUUUAUACAUGCCGACUUGUUGCAGAAAAAUCGCAGACCAUAUCUUAGACAUUUGACAUGUAGAAUCUACCUGAUGAUUUCAGUCAAGCAGAUUUCUCCCAGACGAUGACGAUAUGAGCAAUAUUCUGCACCACUGAUAAACGCAUAGACAUAUCACCGGCCGACAUCGUGGUCGUUCUUUUGGCCUGGCCGUGCCAAGUCUGACCAUUCGCAUUGUUACAUGUAGGUUUUGGUGCUAGAUCUCCAUGCGCCUUGUCAUAGCAAAUUGGGAAAUGAUGUCUUAUUUGACUAAUUUGGUGUGACUUUGGAGCUGAAGUCUGCUGAAGUUGAACUAAGAUGAUUGGUCAAGGUUAGAGUUAAAAUUUCAAAUUUUAUUUGACGUUUAAGUCUAAAAAUCUGUGAUGAGCAAGUUGUAACCCUGGAAAGUUGGGAUGAAAUUUCAACUCAGAGACAGCAAAAAAAACAACAAAAAACAAGCAUCAAAUUGGCUGUACAUCACAGCAGGAACAAGGCCCCAUGGAGAUGCGGCGCGUUGCAGAGGUGCUGUGAUGUGUGUGCUGGCCUGCGAUCAGAUCUUGGUGCAAUCGCAUUGCAUUGUGUGCACUGGGCUAAACACUGCAAUAUUGGCCUAUAUAAACAGGGUAGAUGAAAUAUUCCU